AUGUUUAAGGUAAAGGAGGCCGCCAUGUUUAAGGUAAAGGAGAGUCCACAGGCCGCCAUGUUUAAGGUAAAGAAGGGACCACAGGCCGCCAUGUUUAAGGUAAAGGAGGCCGCCAUGUUUAAGGUAAAGGAGGCCGCCAUGUUUAAGGUAAAGGAGAGUCCACAGGCCGCCAUGUUUAAGGUAAAGGAGGCCGCCAUGUUUAAGGUAAAGGAGGGUCCACAGGCCGCCAUGUUUAAGGUAAAGGAGAGUCCACAGGCCGCCAUGUUUAAGGUAAAGGAGAGUCCACAGGCCGCCAUGUUUAAGGUAAAGGAGGCCGCCAUGUUUAAGGUAAAGGAGAGUCCACAGGCCGCCAUGUUUAAGGUGGGCAUGUUUAAGAUCCACCCCACUGUGCCUGAAUGCAUGUCGGACGAGGCCAAAGCUUUUAUCAUGAGAUGUUUCGAGCCAAACCCGGACGACAGAGCCACGUCCUCUCAGCUGCUGGCCGAGUCCUUCCUCACCUCCCACAGAAAGAAGCCCAGACCUCCGCAAGACCCCGACGAUCCCGGCUCCUCCUGCGACUUCCACAGGAGUUUCUCGGUCCCCGUCUCUAUCCUGGUGGAAGACGUGGAGGAUUCCUACUCGGGCUUCGUGGACCUGUCCUCGUCCCUGGACCUGAGGCGACCCAUGUCCGUCCUCAGAGUCGACGAGAUCUUUGAAAGUCCCAGCAACACCAGCAGCUUCCUGUCGAUCCCGGAGGACUCCCCUGUGGACCUGAGCAGCCCCUGUUCCUCGGGGGAGAGUAUGGGUUUGUUCAUGCUCCGGAAAGACAGCGAGAGACGAGCCACUCUCUACAGGGUCCUGACCGACUACAUCGCCCUGGUGGUCUCACACAUCCACGACACACAGAGCGGGGAUGGGCCGUGUCUCUCCGAUGGCGACAUCACUGAGCUCAUUGGCGUCUUACGAAACAACAUCCGCUCCCCAGACCGGAGGCAGCUGAGCACCGGCCUCCUGAGCCUCCGGAGAAGGCUCCUCUCUGAUGAAGUACCACUGAACAGCCUGCAGGGGGUGCUCUUCAGCUUCCAGGACGCGGUGAAAAAGGUCUUGAGACAGCAGCAGGUGAAGCCUCAUUGGAUGUUUGCGUUGGACAAUCUGCUGAGACAAGCCGUGCAGGACGCCAUCACAGUUCUUCUGCCAGAGCUCAAACUGGAGCUGCAGUCUUCCUUUGAGGUUGAAGACUGCAGUCCUGAGGAGCCGCCCGAUGACGACGAUACCCCGGUGGCGAACGUCCCGGAGCAGCUCGAGGACCGCCACAGGCCCACGUUCAACCGGACCCCAAGUCCCCUCUCGGACCCCAGCUCUCCCCUCAGCGAGUCUUUGAGAGAUCUGAGACUGGAGACGAGCAGAUUGCUGAUGCAGCUGAGUGAGAAGGAGCAGGAGUACCAAGCCUUACUGAGGAAGUCCCUCCAGAGGAAACUGCAGCAGAUCGAGGCGUUCAAGAGCUCGUCCGACGGCAGCAGCGAGGAGGCGUCCGCUCCUCAGACCAGCUCCAGUCCAGAGGCGUCCGCUCCUCAGACCAGCUCCAGUCCAGAGGCGAGGGCCAUGGUCCGCUGGCUCAAGUCCGUCCACGUCGACUCGGACACAACGGACAAACUUCUGUCUCAUGAGUUCACGGUGGAGGUGCUGCUGGGCGUGGCCUGCAGGGACGACCUGCUUUACUGCGGGAUCAAGGGGGGCAUGCUGUGUCGUCUGUGGGCGGCCAUCUUGUCCCACCGGAGGACACAGCUGAGCACUCGCAGCGAGGAGAGAGAGGACGCCACGUUCUGA